AUGAGCCAACCACGAAAGAGAACAUCAAAAUCCAUAGAGCUACGUAAGCCAGAGUUUUCCGCUCCUUAUUUAAUCACUCUCUUCGUCUACAACCAUCUCGAGCGGAAACGUACAACGACACAAACAGUCCUGAAAAAGUCACGUCCCACAAUCUACGCCCUCAUCCAAAUCAACGGCCGUUCCACAAUCGCGAUGCGAGAAGCAGGCGAUUCUCCGUUCAUGGCAUUACCUACCGAACUGCGUUGUCAAAUCUACAGCUAUCUGCCGGACAUCGCCUACGAGCCCAUUUUCCCCGAGCCCAUUUUCCCCGAGCCCAUUUUCCCCGAGCCCGGCAUCUGCAGCUGUGAAGUAUAUCGCAUGCCAACCGCAAUACUCCAACUUAACAAAACUAUAUACGAAGAGGUGAAGCACCACUCGAUACAGGAGCCUAUACAGAAGGCCAAUGAUCAGCUUCCACCCAGCAUUGUUCUCUGCCCGACGCCCACUGAUAUGGACGAUACAUACUUGGCGGUCACGGAUGCAUUCCGUCAAGUAGGUAUAUGGUUCGGUGCUGAGUAUGUAGGGGGGCGCAAACACUGGGGUUAUAAGACGCUCGAGGAUGUUGGUGUUACCAUUAAAUGGUGGUACAACAGGCCGUUUUUAUUCGGGCCGGAUCCCAGUGAAGCAGUCUUCGCUCCCUGGACUAGGUAUAGGACCGAGCGCUUGGACAGGUUUGUGAGGCAGACUUUGAAGAGAAUGGCGAUUAGGGAAAUGCGCACGAUUCACUUUCAGUUGGUACACCCAUUGGAGAUUCCUGGUCAAGAAAAUAAGCCUGGAGACCCGUCCUCCCAGUACACAUUCCAAGACCCAAUGACGGCGAUAGCGGCUGGAUUUGAAUACCUGGGACCGUUUGGUGGCGGGAUAGAAGACAGAUAUUUUUAUCUCAAAAAUCCGCGUCAGAGAGAGAUCCUGGCUUGUUUGAUAUGGCUAGCUCGCUCUGAUGAGUGUUUUCUCCAAGACAAUUCAGGUAUACCGAGUCUACGUCAGUAG